AUGAAGUACCCAUCUGAACUCACUGGUAUGUCCAACAAAGACGAGCUGCUCAAGGCCUACAAAGGCGUCAGCGUCGAGUCCCUGCCUACGCCGGCCUUUGUGGUCGACAGGGCGACGUUCAAGAGAAACUCGGACAAAAUGCUCGAGAACGCUCACAACCUCGGCGCAGAUUUCCGUGCCCACGUCAAAACCCACAAAACCCUCGAGGGAACAGCGCUGCAGCUCGGUACAGGCAAAUACAAGACCGACAAGAUUGUUGUGUCGACGCUCAGAGAGGCCUGGGGUCUCCUGCCGCUUAUCUCCAAGGGUCUGAUCAAGGACGUUCUUUUCAGUCUGCCGGUCGUUUCCAGCCGGCUCGAAGAGCUUUCCGACCUCAGCGGCAAGGUUGAGAACCUGCGCUUGAUGGUGGACAAUCUGGAGCAGCUGGACAUUCUGGCUGCUUACAGCAAAAAACACUCGCUGUCGAAAAAAUGGAGCGUCUUCAUCAAAAUCAACAUGGGCACCGACAGGGCCGGUUUCCUGCCCAGCUCGAUUGGGGGGCUGCUUGAAAAAAUCUUCAAGACAGAUAUCACCCAGACGGUCUCGCUGUACGGCUUCUACUGCCAUGCCGGCCACUCGUACACGUCCAGGAACUUUGAGCAGGCACAAUCCUUCUUGAUUUCUGAGAUCUCGAGCGUGAACGAGGCGUGCAAAGAGGCGCUCAGGUUCGACAGCUCGGGGAAGCUCCAGAUGUCCGUUGGCGCCACUCCGACGGCCCAUGCGGCGGAACAUUUCGACCUCAGCUCUGUGGGCCAGCUGUUUGGUAAUCUGGAGCUGCACGCGGGAAACUACCCGUUCUGCGACCUGCAGCAGUUGGCCACGGGCUGUAUCGAGGUGUCCGAUGUUGCCUGCAAAGUUAUGGCCGAAGUUGUUUCUGCCUACCCCGGAAGAGGCCCCAAGGCUCCCGGUGAGCAGCUGAUCAAUGCCGGCGUUAUAGCGCUGGCACGCGAGUCUGGCCCGCUGACAGGGUUCGGCAGAGUUGUGUCUCCACCAGGAUACGAAAACUGGACCGUGGGACGGCUCAGCCAGGAGCACGGGAUUCUGACGCCUGUGGAGGACAAAGACACAAAGCUGAUUCCUACAGGCACCGUGGUCAGCAUUAUUCCGCAGCACAGCUGUAUCACGGCAGCGUCGUAUCCAUGGUACUACGUUGUUGAAGACGGCAACACGGUGGUGGACAUUUGGGUGCCAUAUAGAGGAUGGUAG